UUAGGUUUGCUUGGAAAUGCUGAGCUUUGCUAAUUACUCUGGAGACGCUGAUAGCAAAAUUGUUCGAGAAGUUUGGGCUAGACUCCUUGAUCAGGCACUUACUAAAGGGGGUGUUGCAGAAGCUUGUUCUGUUGUGAAAAGAGUAGGCUCGAAACUUGAUCCUGCAAAUGGAGCUUGUUUACCUUUAGAUAUUAUAUGCCUUCACCUUGAGAAGGCUGCAGUGGAUAGAUUAAGUUCAGGAGAAGAAUUAGUUGGUGAUGAUGAUGUUGCAAGAGCUCUUCUUGGUGCCUGUAAAGGUCUUCCUGGACCUGUACUUGUUGUGUAUGAUCACCUGUUAUCGAACGGUGCAAUCAUACCCUCACUAAAUCUGAAGUUGCGCCUGCUGCGAUCAGUUCUAGCAAUCCUCCGUGAGUGGGGGAUAUCUGUCAUUGCACACAGGCUAGGCACCACAAGUGCUGGGGCUUCAUUCUUUCUUGAUGGAACAUUCUCAUUGAACCAAACAGGGACUGCGAAUCAAGGUGCUCGAGAUAAAAUAAUUAGUUUGGCGAACAGGUACAUGACUGAGGUGAGGCGAUUAAACCUUCCAUAGAACCAAACGGAGAAUGUCUACCGUGGUUUCCAUGAACUUGAGGAGAAAUUACUAUCUUCUU